GCAAGGAUACACUGGCAAGAACGUUACAACAGCUAUAAUGGAUGAUGGUGUAGACUACAUGCAUCCAGAUCUGCAAGAAAGUUAUAAUGCAAAAGCUAGUUACGACUUCAGCAGCAACGAUCCUUAUCCAUAUCCAAGAUACACAGACGAUUGGUUCAAUAGUCAUGGAACAAGAUGUGCCGGAGAAGUUGCUGCUAAGAGAGAUAACGGAGUAUGUGGAGUUGGCGUUGCAUAUGAAUCAAAAGUUGCUGGAAUUCGAAUGUUGGAUCAGCCUUACAUGACAGAUUUAAUUGAAGCAAAUUCUAUGGGACAUGAACCAGACUUGAUUGACAUUUAUAGUGCAAGCUGGGGGCCAACUGAUGAUGGUAAAACAGUUGAUGGUCCUAGAAAUGCUACCAUGAGAGCUAUUGUGAGAGGUGUAAACGAGGGCAGGCGUGGCUUAGGUAACAUCUAUGUUUGGGCAUCUGGCGAUGGAGGAGAAGAUGAUGACUGUAAUUGUGAUGGAUAUGCUGCUAGUAUGUGGACUAUAUCUAUCAACUCUGCUAUUAAUAAUGGCGAAAAUGCUCAUUAUGAUGAAUCUUGCUCUUCGACACUUGCAUCUACAUUCAGCAAUGGUGCAAAAGAUCCUCAUACUGGAGUGGCAACUACCGACCUAUAUGGAAAAUGCACAAAGACACACUCUGGAACAUCUGCUGCUGCCCCAGAAGCAGCUGGAGUCUUUGCACUAGCACUAGAUGCUAACCCUACUUUGACCUGGAGAGAUGUGCAACACUUGACAGUGCUGACCUCAAAAAGAAAUUCUCUAUAUGACAGCAAAGGGCGCUUUCAUUGGAACAUGAAUGGUGUUGGUUUAGAAUUCAAUCAUCUGUUUGGAUUUGGAGUUUUAGAUGCUGGAGCAAUGGUAGCCUUAGCAAGGAUAUGGAAAACAGUGCCUGCGAGAUAUCACUGCGAAGCUGGCGUUGUAAAAACACCUCACCGUAUCCUGAGCAAUGCCAGUACCCAAAUAUAUAUUGAUACAGAUGGUUGCAGUGGAAAAGAAACAGAAGUCAAUUAUUUGGAACAUGUGCAAGCAAUAAUAACAUUGAAUGCUACUCGUAGAGGAGAUGUCACUCUUUUUCUAAUAUCGCCAAUGGGCACUAGGUCGAUGAUUUUGAGCAAGCGUCCAAAUGAUGAUGACCAGUACGAUGGCUUCACGCGAUGGCCGUUCAUGACCACCCACACCUGGGGUGAAGGCCCUCGCGGCCGCUGGACCCUAGAGGUCAAAUUUGACAGCCAGACCCCGCAAACUGGGUACAUCAAAGAGUGGACUUUAAUGAUUCAUGGAACACGUGAAGCCCCGUAUAGAGAUUUACCAGUGGAAGAUGACAACUCUAAACUUGCAAUUGUGAAAAAGGCUCAUGAAGUCGGCUAUAAGAUCUAAUCUAUAAUAAUAAAUGUUGCCAGGGAUUCUUUCAGUUAGAUUCCUUACGUACCAUAAGUUUCUAACAUUACAACUAUAAUUUUAUAUACAGCAAUAGAAAUAUACUGAACUUACUAAAUAUUUUUCUCAAUUUCAAAAUUAGGGAAUAGUUGUGUGAGGCAAAACAAGUCUGCAUAUUUUGAUUUGUUUACUUAAAAGUCGAUUUCUAGAAUCAUGAGGGCUUGAUAUUUAAGUACUGUUUUUUUUUAUCAUUUUCAACUUUCAUUAUUUCAAUGCAAAGUUUGUAUCCUGGCAACAUUUAUCUAUAUUUGCUGUUGACAGAACGUCCUUGAGAACAUGCUACUUGUGUCCUUAGUUGCCCUCACACAUUUUGCUUCCUAAAUUUGAUUCUCUUCCUAAAUAUUUUUACUAGAAAAAUCCCAGGGCAAGUCCAUAGCUUAUUCAAAAUUUUCACGAGUCAAAUUUCAAUUGUGUUUGAAAAAAUUCAAAUAUUUUUAUUGACAUGAGCUGCUUUUUAAAAAGAAAAUAUCUUAUUUAUAGAUUUUUGUUUAGGAAACAUUUUAUAGAACCUAUUUUGCGAUCAAAUUAUGUAUUAUGUCUUUUACAACAUGCAAGAAACAUAAGUUGCAUAAAUUUUUAAAUUUAUUCUUAAAUUAUUAAAAAUA